AUGGAAAACCCAUUGAACACCAAGAAGAACACUCUCCUAGUCUCCGGCGAAACCGACGAAGAAGCUCCAAACGAAUUCACACCCCGCGAAAUCCUCCGGCUUUCCGUUUUACAGCCCGAGCCCAUUACCGAGCUUAUUCAAAUCCUCACCGGCAGUAUCAUCAUCGAGCGACCUUUCCCUCCUCCUUCAACUGCGAUAACCAAGGAGAUAUACAUGCCCUCGGACGCUCAGCGCUUGCUCAGAUUUGCAAAAGCAAACACAGAAAUCACUGAAUCCACCGCACUUCCAGGGACAUAUUCAAGAGAAAACAGCAAGGAGAAUGAAUCUGAGUACUACCACAUUCGUUACAUUCACGCCUGUGAAGCUUCAUGGAGGCUCUUCAAUCACCUCAGUCAAGCCAACAUUCGCACCGUCCAGAGGUUACCACCCCAUCCUUAUAAUGUGGGAAGUGUUGGUGUACAAACAACUAGGUUCACCCGUUGGAUCGCGGCAAACAUGACAGAACCACACCGACUGAGAAAUGCAACCGCCAGAAUGUUUUUCCGGUGGGACCCAGCCUUGAGGGAAUGGACAGACAUGUGGAGAGAAUACCCACUCCUGAGUUGUUGGUACCUACGUCAUCGCUCGACGAGAGGGUCUUCUGCGUCGGUAGACCAUCUCUAUUUCGUUUAA